AUGGUAGAAGUUUUCGCAAAGUGGAUUAUUGCUCCUACAGGGCAUGGUGAUAUGGAAACGUUGGCAGAAAAUGCGGAAAUCGAUGAAAAGUUUUACGAAGUAGAAAGAAUUCUUGGUCAUAAGAGCACAAAAGAGGGAUUGUUCUAUUUGGUGCGUUGGAAAGGGUACACUAAAGCUGACGACUCCUGGGAACCUGCUAAAAACUUGUCGCUUGCAACAGAUGCCAUCCUUCACUACGAAUCAUCAAAGAAAGUAAUUCCAAAGCGUGUGCAGAAAGGGAAUGAGAAAAGAGCAGAGAAGGACACCAAAAUCAAUCCAUCACAAGGGUUUGGAGAAAGAACGAAAUACGUGGAAGUCAGCUUCUUUACGCAAGCAUGGCUGUAUGAAAACAACUCUGAGGAAGAAUCAGAGGUGGAAAAAGAGCAUAAGAAACGUACGAAGCAGCGAAAACUUGCAGCAGAGCAGCGAGAAAGAGUUGGAGAAGAAGACAAGCCUUGGGAAAAAGAGAAAGAAAAAUCUUUUGAAGGAUGCAGCAACAUAAAAAUGAGUAACAAGUGCAAAUGGCAGACAGAAACGAAUAAACGAGACAACAGGCAGGAAACAAAGGCGGCUAUACGAGAUGAACUUCUGGAUAAAAUUAAACGAGAGGUUCCCUCUGAAGAGUCUGUCAACGGUGUCGCUGGAGCUGUUGCCAAUGAGGACAAUGUGGAUGAGCAAAUCUUUGCUAUCGGAAAAACCAGUGAUGGUCGAAUAAAGGGUGAUGGAAAUGCCCACCUGACCAGCAUGGUUGGAAUUGCCGGUGGAAUGGAUCUAAACUGUCACGUGGAGGAACGUCCCUUCCACAGAUCGACCGAUUACCGUGCUAAGACAAGGAGGAACAAUCCGAUUGAAAUGCCUGAUGAAGAUGUCCCUGAUCAGUACUGGAAGAAUCUGCUCGCAAUUACCACAAAGGCCUCGGCCGAAUCGGGAUCGCAAAAUAUCGCACCCAGACCGAUGAGCAACGAGAAUCGGAAAUGGUUAGAGAAUGUGAUGAAAGAGCUGGUUAAAGAGAGCGAUCCAGGUCGUCAGAUGGAUGCAAUCAUUACCAGCUUACAUUCUUAUGCAUCGAAUCCAGCUGAACUGAAUGAAAACGAUCUCGGAAAGAUUGAGGAGUUGACAGAUCAUCUAGAAGAUAUCCUGGGCUAUGCUGAAAUCACUAGUAAAUUUGUGGAAAAAGGUGGUCUAUUAGUGAUUGAAACUUUUCUUUGUCAACGUGAACAUUUCUCGUUACAAUGUCGUUUUGCUGAACUUGUGCUCAGUUUAACCGAAAAUAACCCUGUUGUUCAAUCACUGUUCGCUAGAAAGGGUUUGCUUACAAAGAUGAUGAAACUCCUCGAUGACGAUAGCUACAGUGAGGAAUUUAUGUUCAAACUCCUUGGCUCGAUAUCAGGCUCCGUACGCUCUCAUAUUGAGUCGUUCGACAUCUUUUGUGCAAAUGGUGGGCCAAAGCUUUUAACGAACAUUGUUCGAAAGGCUGAAAGUGGGAAAUUGGUUGGAAAAUCAGCUCGAGUUUUGACAACUAUCGCGUAUACAUUAGAAGACUCACCAUGUCAUGUGAAACUGCUGACUGCCGACAUAGUGUCGAAUUUUCUGUAUGUUCUCCAACAUUUUGAAAAUGAGUGUUCAAGUGAACUGGACUAUAUUGGGUAA